UCAUCUGAAAGUCUUCCAUGAAAUCUUCAACUGAAAAAACAAGUAAUGCCAUUUGUUUUUCUCAAAGACUGAAAUGGGAGCUAUCUUUCCAAGGGCCCCGUGGUUCUGAAUGUGCUUCUGUGUCACAAUGUCUCCUGCUAUGGCAGACACCCUUGACAUCUGGGCAGUGGAUUCACAGAUAGCAGCAGAUGGCUCCAUUCCUGUGGAUUUCCUUUUGCCCACUGGAAUCUAUAUACAGUUGGAGGUACCUCGGGAAGCCACCAUUUCCUAUAUUAAACAGAUGUUGUGGAAGCAAGUUCACAACUACCCCAUGUUUCACCUUCUGAUGGAAAUCGACUCCUAUAUGUUUGCAUGUGUGAAUCAAACUGCUGUCUACGAGGAGCUCGAGGAUGAAUCUAGAAGGCUCUGCGACGUCAGACCUUUCCUUCCAGUUCUAAAAUUAGUGACAAGAAGUUGUGAUCCAGGGGAAAAAUUAGACUCAAAAAUCGGAGUCCUGAUAGGAAAAGGUCUACAUGAAUUUGAUGCUUUGAAAGAUCCAGAAGUGAAUGAGUUUCGUGUAAAAAUGCGCAAAUUCAGUGAGGAAAAGCUACAUUCACUUGUAGGAUUGUCUUGGAUUGAUUGGCUAAAGCAGACAUACCCCCCAGAGCAUGAAACAUCUGUCCUCGAAAACUUAGAAGAUAAACUUUAUGGAGGAAAGCUUAUUGUGGCUGUUCACUUUGAAAACUGUCAGGAUGUAUUUAGCUUUCAAGUAUCUCCUAAUAUGAAUCCUAUUAAAGUAAAUGAAUUGGCAAUCCAAAAACGUUUGACUAUUCAUGGAAAAGAAGAUGAAGUCAGUCCAUAUGAUUAUGUGUUACAAGUCAGCGGGAGAGUGGAAUAUGUGUUCGGUGAUCACCCAUUAAUUCAAUUCCAGUAUAUACGGAACUGUGUAAUGAACAGGACCUUGCCCCAUUUUAUACUUGUGGAAUGCUGCAAAAUUAAGAAGAUGUAUGAACAGGAAAUGAUUGCUAUAGAGGCUGCCAUAAAUCGAAAUUCGUCUAAUCUUCCUCUUCCUUUACCACCAAAGAAAACACGAAUUAUAUCUCAUAUUUUUGAAAAUAGUAAUCCUUUCCAAAUUGUCUUGGUUAAGGGGAAUAAACUUAACACAGAAGAAACUGUAAAAGUUCACGUCAGGGCUGGUCUUUUUCAUGGUACUGAACUCUUAUGCAAAACCAUUGUAAGCUCAGAAAUAUCAGGGAAAAAUGACUACGUUUGGAAUGAAACACUGGAAUUUGAUAUUAAUACUUGUGACCUGCCAAGAAUGGCUCGAUUAUGUUUUGCUGUUUAUGCAGUUUUGGAUAAAGUGAAAACGAAGAAAUCAACUAAAACUAUUAAUCCCUCUAAAUAUCAAACCAUCAGGAAGGCUGGGAAAGUGCAUUAUCCUGUAGCCUGGGUAAAUACCAUGGUUUUUGACUUUAAAGGACAGCUGCGGUCUGGAGAUAGCAUAUUGCAUAGUUGGUCUUCGUUUCCUGAUGAACUUGAAGAAAUGUUGAAUCCAAUGGGAACUGUUCAAACUAAUCCAUACACUGAAAAUGCAACAGCUUUACAUAUUAAGUUCCCAGAGAAUAAAAAGCAUCCCUAUUACUACCCUCCCUUUGAUAAGAUCAUCGAAAAGGCAGCUGAAAUCGCAAGCAGUGACAGUGCUAAUGUAUCAAGUCGAGGCGGAAAAAAAUUUCUUGCUGUACUCAAAGAAAUCUUGGACAGGGAUCCCUUGUCUCAGUUGUGUGAGAAUGAAAUGGAUCUUAUUUGGACUUUGAGGCAAGACUGUAGAGAGAAUUUCCCACAGUCACUGCCAAAAUUACUGCUAUCAAUCAAGUGGAAUAAACUUGAAGAUGUUGCCCAGCUUCAGGCGCUUCUUCAAAUUUGGCCUAAAUUGCCCCCACGAGAGGCUUUGGAGCUUCUGGAUUUCAACUACCCAGACCAGUAUGUGCGAGAAUAUGCGGUAGGCUGUCUCCGACAAAUGAGUGAUGAAGAGCUCUCCCAGUAUCUUCUCCAGCUGGUGCAAGUCUUGAAGUAUGAGCCUUUUCUUGACUGCGCCCUCUCUAGGUUCCUGCUAGAAAGAGCACUUGCUAACCGGAGGAUAGGCCAGUUUUUGUUUUGGCACCUUAGGUCAGAAGUGCACAUCCCUGCUGUUUCAGUCCAGUUUGGUGUCAUCCUGGAGGCGUACUGCCGGGGCAGUGUAGGGUACAUGAAAGUGCUGUCCAAACAGGUUGAAGCACUCAAUAAGUUAAAAACUUUAAACAGUUUGAUCAAACUGAAUGCGGUGAAGCUAAACAGAGCCAAAGGGAAAGAAGCCAUGCACACUUGUUUGAAGCAGAAUGCGUACCGGGAAGCCCUCUCAGGUCUGCAGUCGCCUCUGAACCCCUGUGUGAUCCUCUCCGAACUCUAUGUUGAAAAGUGUAAAUACAUGGAUUCCAAAAUGAAACCCUUGUGGCUAGUCUACAACAACAAGGUGUUUGGUGAGGAUUCAGUCGGAGUCAUUUUUAAAAAUGGUGAUGAUUUACGACAAGAUAUGCUAACACUGCAAAUGCUUCGCUUAAUGGAUUUACUCUGGAAAGAAGCUGGACUGGAUCUUCGGAUGCUGCCUUACGGCUGUCUUGCAACUGGAGACCGCUCUGGCCUCAUCGAGGUUGUGAGCACCUCGGAAACAAUCGCUGACAUUCAGCUGAACAGUAGCAACGUGGCUGCUGCAGCAGCCUUCAAUAAAGACGCCCUUCUGAACUGGCUGAAGGAGUACAAUUCCGGGGAUGACCUGGACCGAGCCAUUGAGGAGUUUACUCUGUCCUGUGCCGGCUACUGUGUAGCUUCUUAUGUCCUUGGGAUUGGUGACAGACAUAGUGAUAACAUCAUGGUCAAGAAGACUGGGCAGCUCUUCCACAUUGACUUCGGACAUAUUCUUGGAAAUUUCAAGUCCAAAUUUGGCAUUAAAAGGGAACGAGUGCCUUUUAUUCUCACCUAUGAUUUCAUUCAUGUGAUUCAACAAGGAAAAACGGGAAACACAGAAAAGUUUGGCCGGUUCCGGCAGUGCUGUGAGGAUGCGUACCUGAUUUUGCGGAGGCACGGGAAUCUCUUUAUCACUCUCUUUGCAUUGAUGCUGACUGCAGGGCUGCCUGAACUCACAUCAGUCAAGGACAUACAAUAUCUUAAGGAUUCUCUUGCAUUAGGGAAGAGUGAAGAAGAAGCACUCAAACAAUUCAAGCAAAAAUUUGAUGAGGCGCUCAGGGAAAGCUGGACUACUAAAGUGAACUGGAUGGCCCACACGGUCCGGAAAGAUUACCGGUCCUAACCUUGGCCACUGGCGGGGCCGCCCGUUGGGUUUUGUUUUCAUUUUGCACUUGCACUAAAUUGAACAUGACCCUGCCAGAGAUGUCAUAAAGGGAAUGAAAUCCUGAAACUCAGUUCCAUCAAGAACAAGGCAUUCCACAGAACCGAAUCUCCAGUCCCGAUGACCACCUCUGCUCUUUGAAUGCUUCUAAGAUUCAUCAUGAAAACUGUCGACAUUACGGAUAAUCAUUUCCUGCUGACUUUGCACGCCAAGGAAUGCUACUAGAGAUUGUUUUUUGUGUUUCUUCUUUUUCUUAAGUGUUUGGUACAUUUUCCAGAAAGGUGUAAAUACUUCAUUUUAGUGUUGUGAUUAAAUGUUACCUACUCAGCCAAUUUUUCCACAUCAGGGUCUGGUGACUGAUCUUACCUUACAAGUGAAGCUUAAAAAGGUGUUGUUUUCUUUUCUAUUUUAAAUUGUAUAGAUUACAAAUUAUAAUAUAAUUUGAAAUUAUGAUUAUUUUUAAAAAGAAAUCUUUUAAACCUGUGGAAGCAUUUAUGAUAUUGUUAUUUAUCGCCAUAAUUGCAUCAUCUCAACCAGACUUGCUGAAAAUCUACUGAUAAGGCAAAUCUAAUAUAUGUGCUGCAUAUAUAUAUUUACAGUGUUUCUAUUAGGAGUCCUGUAUGAAAAGAUGUUUCUUUGGUUUACUUCAGUCUGUUUUAACGUUUUACAAAAAGCAGAGCAUUUUCUUAAGUAACUUCUUGGUUAUAUGAUCCAGUUCUUCCAGAUGCUUCUCUAAUGAGGCACAUAUUAAUACACUUUUUACCUGGUUAUCUAUGAAAGUGUUCACUUCAUAGAGCAUUAUACUUGAGCAAAUAUAUCCAAGGCAGGAAGCAAAUGAAAAGGAAACUAUUUAUGGAUUAAACUCCAUAGCUAAAAUGCAGUAUUUUAGUAAAAAUGCCAGCUGUUCUUACUGUAUUUAUUAAAACUUGUAAUAAUGUGAUUUUUUCAAGGAUAUUAGUUCAAAUUGAUAUGGGUUUUGUGGAAUUCUUUAAUUUAUUUGUUGAGGUACCAUGUAUUUAGGGUGCUAGAUGGCAAAUAAUGUCAAUCUGUGCAAUAGGAACUACUGGUCUGAAUGUAAAUGAAUGCUGAGUAUACUGGUGUCACCCUCAGAACUACUGCUCCUUCUCCAGAGGGUCUUGGGGAACCUCAGUCCUCGCUGACUGGGAGCUGAGGAUUUGCCUUGUGACUGAGUUUCCCAUAGGAAUUCUAUUAAAAAUUGCUUAGUUUUGUCUUCCUUAAUGUUCCCAGUCAAGUCAAUGAGGGAGCUGCUUUCAGCUGCUCUUGGCAUUUCAUUCUGAGCAGCACGAGCCUUGUGGGCUUUGGUACCGAGGCUCUGAGCAAUGGCACAACCAAAGCUGAGGCCUAGGCCCCUCUGCCACUUUCCUCCAGCAGCCUGUGAUUCUUAGGCUUUUAGGAGCUUAAGGCGGGGCUACCUCAGUCAGCUUCACCCACCCUUCAGGGUGCAGCUGAGGCCUGGGCAAAUACCCCUUGAAUUUCGGGGUGGCAGCUAAGGCUGGCCUGGAGCUAGUGUGAAGCCUCUUCCUUGGGCCACUGCUCAGAGCAGACCCUAGCACUGUAGCUAGUGUUAGGUCUGCAGGGUGGUGGAAGGCUUGGAGAGGUGAUCACUGUCAGACAGAGAUGGGCACGGCUGCUUGGAGAAGAGCAGGGAAGGAAAACUGGCCUCUUCAGGUGGUGUGGCAACCAAGUACACCUGGCUGUUGUGGGUCUCCUCAAAGAUCACCAGGACCCGGGCCAGCCUAUAGCCUUCUGAAUUACAUGUCCUUGAGGGUUAGAGGUCUGGCUGAGCAGAGAAGGGUGCAGAUAGGCAGAAGAUGAGUGAGCUCAGUGGAUCAGUGGACCAGGCAGACAGGUGAACCUAGUAAUGUUUGGCAUGUCAGGGCUACCGGUCAGCCGUGACUCUUAUUCCCAAACUCUUGAUUUUCUCAGUUUUCCCUCAAGAUUUCCAAAAGCCAAACAUUUCUCUACUUGAGGCCAGCAUCAGUGUGUGCCUGAGGCUAGAGGGAGACUAUUAGCCACGAAUUCCCAAUUAAGUUCUCACAUCUGUGAGCAGAUCAGACUCAGAGGCCCUUGUCACAUCCCAGCUUUGCUUCCCAUGGCCCCCAUGUAUUUAUUUCAUUUCUCAGGGUAUGAGCCUUCUAAUUUGUAAAGUGAGACUGAUAAUAAAUUUGAUUUAUAUCCACA